GUGCUUUGUCCCUGCACUUUCGUCACAACGGCGGAUUUGCCCUGUCUCUGAACUACAGAAUAACAAUAGAAAUACACCUUAUUGCACCUUUCAAAUGGUUAAAUUGAAACACGUUGGGACAUAGAGGCACUUGGACUGAGAAAUUUUCUACAAGAUGCCAGGAAAUAGAAAAGGAUGUGGCGAAUCUACGUUCGCGGAUCCGCGGGGUGGAAAAAGUAUGUCGGCAAGUCAGCUGGUUUCCCCGUGCAGGACGCGCUGACAGCUCGAGUGAGCGGACUGCCCAGGACUUCGGAACUAGACGAGAAAUCCUGUCAAAGAAUAUGAAGAAAAACAGAGAAAGAUUCUGCAAUAGAGAGAGAGAAUUUGUAUAUAAAUUUAAAGUAGGAAGUCAGUGCUUAGAACUGAGAGUGCCACUCAGAUUUCCUGUUCAAGAGAAUGCCAGUCAUUUACAUGGACGUCUGAUGCUGCUGCACAGUUUACCGUGCUUUAUAGAAAAAGACUUAAAAGAAGCUCUGACUCAGUUUAUAGAAGAAGAAUCCCUCAGCGAUUAUGAUAGAGAUGCUGAAGCAUCCCUGGCAGCUGUGAAAUCAGGUGAAGUAGAUUUACAUCAGCUGGCGAGUACAUGGGCCAAAGCUUAUGCUGAGACCACGUUAGAGCAUGCAAGGCCUGAAGAACCCAGCUGGGAUGAAGAUUUUGCAGAUGUGUACCAUGACUUAAUUCAUUCUCCUGCCUCUGAAACUCUCUUAAAUUUGGAACAUAAUUACUUUGUUAGUAUCUCAGAACUGAUUGGUGAAAGAGAUGUGGAGCUGAAAAAAUUACGAGAGAGACAAGGUAUUGAAAUGGAAAAAGUCAUGCAGGAAUUGGGAAAAUCACUGACAGAUCAAGAUGUAAAUUCACUGGCUGCUCAGCAUUUUGAAUCCCAGCAAGACCUAGAAAAUAAGUGGUCGAAUGAAUUAAAACAAUCAACUGCCAUCCAAAAACAAGAAUAUCAAGAAUGGGUAAUAAAACUUCACCAAGACCUAAAAAACCCCAACAACAGCUCCCUUAGUGAGGAAAUUAAAGUUCAGCCAAGUCAGUUCAGAGAAUCUGUAGAAGCAAUUGGAAGGAUUUAUGAGGAACAGAGAAAGUUAGAAGAAAGUUUUACCAUUCACUUAGGAGCCCAGUUGAAGACCAUGCAUAAUUUGAGAUUGCUGAGAGCAGAUAUGCUGGACUUCUGUAAGCAUAAAAGAAAUCAUCGAAGUGGUGUGAAACUUCAUCGGCUCCAAACAGCUCUGUCACUUUAUUCUACAUCUCUCUGUGGCCUGGUUUUACUAGUAGAUAAUCGAAUUAAUUCAUAUAGUGGUAUUAAAAGAGAUUUUGCCACAGUUUGCCAAGAAUGCACUGACUUCCAUUUCCCCCGAAUUGAAGAGCAAUUAGAAGUUGUCCAACAGGUGGUACUUUAUGCUAGAACCCAGCGCAGGAGUAAGUUGAAAGAAUCACUUGAUUCUGGAAACCAAAAUGGAGGAAAUGAUGAUAAGACUAAGAAUGCUGAGAGGAACUAUUUAAAUGUUUUACCUGGGGAAUUUUAUAUUACACGGCAUUCUAAUCUCUCAGAAAUCCAUGUUGCUUUCCAUCUGUGUGUGGAUGACCAUGUGAAAUCGGGAAACAUCACUGCUCGUGAUCCUGCCAUUAUGGGACUCCGAAAUAUACUCAAAGUUUGCUGUACCCAUGACAUCACAACAAUAAGCAUUCCUCUCUUGCUGGUACAUGAUAUGUCAGAGGAAAUGACUAUACCCUGGUGCUUAAGGAGAGCGGAACUUGUGUUCAAGUGUGUCAAAGGUUUCAUGAUGGAAAUGGCUUCAUGGGAUGGAGGAAUUUCUAGGACAGUGCAAUUUCUAGUACCACAGAGUAUUUCUGAAGAAAUGUUUUAUCAACUUAGUAACAUGCUUCCCCAGAUCUUCCGAGUAUCAUCAACACUCACUCUGACAUCCAAGCACUAAACCCUUAUAGAUUGACAUGCUGGCAGAAGAUGAUUGUUAAACUCUCCAGGAACUUGUGCUAUGCUGGAAUCUGUCAAGCAAAAGAUGCCCAGAAAGAGAACUUGCAGCUCAAUCCACAAAUCAAGAUACAUGUGUGUGAAACCAUUCCAAAAAUUUAUAUACUGCACAAACUGGUGAUCAACCCCUAACUUAAACACUUAAAGUCUCUUUAUGAAUUUCUCUUUUUUUCUUCUCUGUGUUACCUGUGAAUAUUAGUAAUCUAAAACUUUUUAUUUAUCACACAUGGACACUUGGGAAAGGAAACUUGAUUAUAUUUACAUGGAGGCAUUUGACUUUUUCAAGAGGCUUGACUCGUCUCAGGUGCAAUCCUUAAUUAAACAUACAAACAAAAUUUUCCUUUUACUUUCUUUGCCAAAACAAAAUGUAAAAGCACUGAAAUAUACAUUGCAAGUACAAAUUUCCUGUGAAAAUCUUUUUAUAGAAACACAAAUGUAUAAGACAAAUGUGCUUGUUCUUUUAAAUUCUCCUGUUUCAGAAUCUCUUUUUAAUCUACUCCUAAGGAUGUACAAGUUAGAGUCAGAAGACGUUUUGGAUUUCUUCCCUCUCUCUCAUCCUCCCGCUGUGCCCUUGCACUUGCAUAUUAAUAACAUUUCAUGGACUGGGAAAUAGUGUUCUUUUUUGCAAGCUUGAUGUCAAGUUAGUCUAAACCAGCACCUGGCAGUAUUUUAGUGCUCAUCAACAUUGUGACAAUCACACAAGGAAGAUCAUUUCUAUAUUUCUGUCCUCCCUGUGUUCUCAGCUUGCUUAACCAUGCCUCUACCUCUUGCAUUUUUUUGCGGAUAAAUGUAUCCCCAUUUCUGCUUCUCUGUUUCCCCUCCUUUUCCAUUGUUUUUCCUUAUGGUACUACUUUCUCAGGUGCUACAUAUCAUAUAUUUGUCCCAUCUAUAACAUAUUUAAAUGCUAUAAGUAGUAACUCCAUUAAACAAAGGCAUUUACAAAAGCACACAGGUGUUUAGAAAAGCAAUAGUUUCAUCAAUUCCAAGUUAUGUAGAUAUUGUAACUGGCCACAAGAAUGAAAUGGAGGGCAUUUGGUGUCAUAAGAUGGCAUGUCUUGAUGACAAGAAACAAAACGCCCUUCAUUAAUAUGCCUCAGUGUAAUAACUAUUAUAGAAACUGUUGGCAAGCAGAGUGCUUUCCUAUAAGAGAAUGUGUCUUAAUUUUCUACUCGAGGGAAAGGUUUGUCCAGGUAACAACACUAAAGACAACCCUAAGAACACCCACUCCAGCAGUAUGUCCAUUAGACACUAAAACUCUCCAAAUUAUUUGUCAGGGAGCCUGGCGAUUCUGCCAAGAAGGCAGGUGUUUUGCCCUUAGAGCCUAUACAGUUCUCUUGGAGAAAUUGUCUUUCAGGCACCACUGUUAAUCACUGAGACUGAUUCUAAUGCAAAGCAGGGAAGACAGAGGCAGAAACCAGGGGAGUGGUAGAUCAGUGCAGCCCAGGUAUCGGAAUGGAGGAGCAAAGUUUCAUUCACGGAUGUUUGUUGAAUGCUGCUGCCCAACUCUUCCUUUGUCACCUCUAGGCUAUUCCACUAAGUUACUUAUAAACUGGUGGCUUUAACUGAGGGCUGUGUAAAGGUACUAUUUGGCAUGUGAAGUCAGGAUAAAUUUAUCGAAUGUCCGUUUUCCACAUGCAACUGUGUUAUAGAAGUAGUAAAAUUGGAAGAAUCAUGUUUAUGGUGUUACCACUGAUGGAAACACACAAACACCAAGCUAAUAAUAAAUAUAUAACUUAAAAAGCUAAUUAUAUGCACUGAAAUGGUGGGAAUUUUAGUGAUGCAGUAAUUGAGGAGUCUGGAGUUUUGUAUUUGGACCAAGAAUUAUGAGAUGAGGAUCUUUUUCUGAGUGUUCUAAAGGGCUUCUUGAGGGGGAGUGGUUUAAAGCACUUCAUGAAUGAUGUGAAGAAGGUACCUUGGGCUGAGACAGCAUUCUAGGUACAGAUGGCACUCUGUUCAACCAACUGUGGAUGGAAAAUAUUCUGAAAAAAAAUACAAUAAAAAUUUUAAAAAUACAAUAUAA